AUGCCGACAGUCAACGUUGAUAAGCAAGACCUUUAUCAGGCGCUCGGAAAACAAUACAAUACAGAAGAAUUCCGCGAAUUAUGCUUUGAAUUUGGCAUUGAAUUAGAAGAGGAUACAUCUGAAAAAGAGAUGGUUAGCAAAGAAGUUGGAGCCGCUAAAGCAGAGGGAUUAUCUGAGCGGCCGAUUUUGAAAAUUGAUAUUCCAGCUAACAGAUAUGAUCUCCUUUGUCAAGAAGGUAUAUCGCGCGCCCUGCUUAUUUUCCAAGAGAAGGCGGAAGCUCCUAUCUAUAGAGUAGUGCCUCCAAAGGAUGGGCAAAUGGAAGUGUUGACUAUUAAGCCUGAGACUGCACAAAUAAGACCGCAUGCGGUAGCAGCGAUUCUUAGAAAUGUUACCUUUACGGAACGGAAUUACAACAAUUUUAUGGAUUUGCAAGAUAAAUUGCACAAUAAUUUAUGCAGGAGGCGUACUCUUGUAGCUAUCGGGACACACGAUUUAGAUACAUUAAAAGGGCCAUUCACUUAUAACGCACUUCCACCCAAGGAUAUUCGUUUCAAACCAUUGAAUCAACGCAGCGAAUUUAAUGGAGAGGAGCUAAUGACGUUAUACGAGUCUGAUAAACAUCUCAGCAAAUUUUUACACAUUAUUCGAGAUUCUCCUGUCUAUCCUGUUAUCUUUGACAGCAAUGGGGUGGUCUGUUCUUUACCUCCAAUCAUUAACGGUGAUCAUUCCAAGAUCACGCUAAAUACAAAGAAUGUGUUUAUUGAAUGUACAGCGACUGAUUUAACAAAAGCAAAGAUUGUCUUGAAUACUGUUGUUACGAUGUUCUCUGAAUACUGUGAGGACAAGUUUACCGUCGAACCAGUUAAAGUAAUUUAUCCAGACAACACUUCUCAUGCAUAUCCUGAUUUAUCUCUGCGUCCAACAAGAGCCAAAGUGGAUUAUAUUAACGCAUGCAUCGGCAUUAGUCUCACCACGCCAGAAAUCAUUACACUUCUCAAUAGGAUGGCUUUGGACGCCAGACAAGCUCCCGAUGACAACAAUGAGAUUAUUGUGGACGUUCCGCCUACCAGAGCAGAUAUUUUGCAUGCUUGUGAUAUCAUGGAGGACGUGGCAAUAGCGUUUGGAUUUAAUAACAUCCCGAAAACCUUCCCGGAUAGUUCGACUGUGGGGAGGGCUUUGCCGAUAAAUAAAUUGAGUGAUUUGGUUAGACGAGAAUUAGCCUUGGCUGGAUUUUCAGAGGUGUUGCCAUUAAUUCUGUGCUCGCAUGAUGAAAACUUUAGUUUUCUUAAUAAGACUGAUGAUAACACGACUGCAGUGAAGUUAUCCAAUCCAAAGACUGCUGAAUACCAAGUUGUUCGGACUACUCUUCUUGCCGGAGUUCUCAAGACAUUACGUGAAAAUAAAAAACAUCCUCUCCCUAUUAAGAUUUUCGAAGUCUCGGACGUAGUCUUGAAAGACAGCACGCAAGAACGAAUGGCUAAAAAUGAGAGGAGAGUUUGCGCUGUUUACUGUAACAAAUCAUCUGGGUUUGAGGUUAUUCAUGGCCUUCUCGAUAAUCUUAUGCAAAUGUUGCAUGUACGCUUCGUAUCUGCAUCGGGAUCAAAUGAUGGAUACUUUAUUAAAGAAUCCGAUG